AUGGAUUCCGAUGACGACUUCAACAGCGCUGCGUCCUUGAACAGCGAUGCAGAGUUCGACAUGGACGAUGAGAACAGUAGUGUUGCCGACUUUGCUGCCGACUCCGACAUCGAGUUAGAUGACGAUGGAGACAUCGGGUUUGACUCACAAGACAAGGAUCUCAAGCCACGUAAGAAGGCUUACGAGGUCGACUUCUCUGUCUACAGCCCACAAGAUAUCCAGAACCAGCAAGAUCGUCAAAUAGAGGAGGUAUCAAAUAUCCUUGGUCAACCCCACGAAGCGACCGCUAUCCUUAUGCGCUACAUGCGCUGGAACAAGGAGCGUUUGAUUGAGCAAUACAUGGACAAGCAAGAAGAGGUCUUGGAAAAAGCUGGCCUUGGUCAAGACAUCGCUGGUCCACCCCACUUGGAAGUUAUCGAUGGGUUCAUGUGCGAAAUCUGUUGUGACGAUACACCCGGACUGCAGACGUUUGCCAUGAAGUGCAACCAUCGCUUCUGCGUCGAUUGCUACCGUCAAUACCUGGCCCAGAAGAUCAAAGACGAAGGAGAGGCCGCACGUAUCCGUUGUCCUGGCGAGGAGUGCAACAACAUCGUUGAUUCGAAGAGCCUGGAACUUCUCGUAACGGAGGACCUCAAGGACAGAUACCAUGAGCUUCUCACAAGGACGUACGUUGAUGACAAGGAUAAUCUUAGGUGGUGUCCUGCCCCUAACUGCGUCUAUGCUGUCGAUUGUCCGGUCAAGCAGAAAGAGCUCAACAAGAUCGUUCCCACCGUCAACUGCGAUUGUGGUCACAGCUUCUGUUUUGGAUGUCAGCUCAAUGACCACCAACCUACCCCUUGCGUACUCGUCAAGCUGUGGUUGAAGAAGUGCGAAGAUGAUUCUGAGACAGCCAACUGGAUUUCUGCAAACACCAAAGAGUGCCCCAAGUGCAACUCGACUAUUGAGAAGAAUGGAGGUUGCAACCACAUGACCUGCCGAAAGUGCAAGUAUGAGUUCUGCUGGAUGUGCAUGGGACUGUGGUCGGAGCAUGGCACAAGUUGGUACAACUGCAAUCGUUAUGAGGAAAAGAGUGGUCACACUGCACGUGAUGCCCAAGCUAAGAGCCGUGCAUCUCUUGAGCGUUACCUCCACUACUACAACCGCUAUGCCAACCAUGAGCAGUCUGCCAAGCUUGAUAAAGACAUUUACCUCAAGACGGAAAAGAAGAUGAUGCAGCUUCAGUCGACGUCAGGCAUGUCUUGGAUUGAAGUUCAGUUCCUCGACUACGCAUCGCAAGCUCUUCAGCAAUGUCGACAGACUCUCAAGUGGACUUACGCAUUUGCCUACUACUUGGAACGCAACAAUUUGACCGAGAUUUUCGAGGACAACCAGAAGGACUUGGAGAUGGCGGUCGAGGCUCUGAGUGGGAUGUUUGAAAAGCCUACGGAUCAGCUUGCUGCUCUCAAAGUCGAGAUGAUGGAUAAGACCACUUAUUGCAAUAAGCGUCGCAUCAUUCUGCUUGGUGAUACAGCAGAAAAUCUGAAGAAAGGCAACUGGAAGUUCAACGUCGAUGAAAUCUCCGAAGAAUAG